CACAUUCCAAACAAAAUCUUUAUACAUUGAUUAGUUCUUCUAAAAGUUCCAUCAGCAUGAAUGUGCAACAGUACUCCUGUGAAUUUAUUUUUUACAUUUUCAUCUUGUGUUGCAGUAUUUCUACUUUACCUCAAUGUUCUUGUCAGUCCAAUUCUCAAAAUAUCGAAACAUUUUACCCUUCUGGGAUUCCUCCUGUCACUAAUAAUCAGCCACCACCUUCUCCAGAAUCGCGAUCAUCGUCAGAUAAGUCUGUUAUUAGAGCAGUUGUUGCAACUGCAGUAAGUACAGUCGUGGUAUCUGCAUUGUUUUUGAUUUAUGUGCUGAGGUACGCGCGUCAGAAGAGGAAUCAUGUCGUUGCUAAUGCUAGUUUGAAGAAGAUUCAUUCCAUUGAGUCGCGUAGAAGUGAUAAAUUUGUGAGAGUGAAUGGAAGUAUGAGGAGGGUGAUUGUUGAUGAGGAAGGCUUGGAUGUGUUGUACUGGAGAGAUUUGGAAGGGGAGGUUUGUCAGACAGAAGAAGAGAAAAACAACAAUUUUUCGAAGCCUUUUGUCAGAGAAGAGUCUUUCUCUUUUGUCAGGUCUAGGACUCUGGUGAAACAGGAGUCAUCGGUUCAGCUUUCGUUGUCUACUUCACGUUCUCCUCCUCUGCUGCCUGCUGCAGGCGUUUCAUCGUCAGCACUGCCACUGCAAGCCCUUCCACCUUUGCCAAAGAAAACUCUGGAUUGGGACAGAGUCAAUAGUGGUUCUUUAAGGGUUGAUGGGGAUCUUAUGGAAGCUCUAUUUGGAUCAGUGGCAACUAACCGAAAAUCUCCUAGAACAGUUGGGAAAAUGUCAAGUCCAAAAGGGGAAAGAAAUGGUCCACCCUCUAAGUUUUUCAUUCUUGAUGCCAGAAAGUCUGAGAACAUAUCAAUUAUAGUGCGAUCUUUGUCUGUUUCACGCAAAGAAAUAGUUGAUGCUCUCAUUGAAGGCGAAGAAUUAGAUGUAGACAUUCUUGAAAAGCUCAACAGAAUAGCCCCUACUGCAGAAGAAGAGACAAAAAUUCUUGCAUUUGAUGAUGAUCACACGAGACUUGCUGAUGCUGAGUCAUUUCUCUAUCAUGUCCUUAAGGCUGUUCCAUCUGCAUUCACUCGAUUUAAGGCUAUGUUGUUUAGAUCAAAUUAUGAUUCCAAGGUUCUUUACCUUAAACAAUCUUUAAGAACACUUGAAUCGGGUUGCAAGGAACUGAGAACUCGUGGGCUAUUACCUAAAGUUACUGAAGCUGUUCUGAAGGCUGGAAAUCAAAUGAAUCCAGGAACUUCACAAGGAAAUGCACAAGCUUUUAACUUAACUCAUCUCCGGAAACUCUCUGAUGUCAAAAGCACAGAUGGGACCACGACAUUGCUUCACUUUGUUUUGGAAGAGGUAAUCCGCGCAGAAGGCAAACAUUGUGUGAUCAAUAGAAGCCACAGCUUGAGUCACAGCAGCAGAAACAUCAGAAAUUCUGGGGGCCAAAUAUUGGAAAAAUCUAUGCCAAUAAAGGACAUGGAAAAUAAAUACAUAAUGCUUGGCUUGCCGAUUGUAGGUGGCAUCAGUCAUCAGUUUCCUAAUGUAAAGAAAGCUGCAAUCCUAGACUACGAUGCCCUGAACAAAGCAUGUUCAACUCUAUCUGACAAUGUUGCAGAAAUACGACAACUUGUUGGAGAAUGUGCAAUUAGUGGUGGCGGAGAAGGUUUCAUCCAAAAAAUGAAAAGCUUCAUAGAAGCAAGUGAAGCAGAAUCAAGAACUCUGAAGAAAGAACUCACCAGUAUCAUGGGGCUUGUAAAGAGAACAACAGAAUAUCAUCAAGCGGGAGCCUCAAAGGACAUAUGGACACAACCACUUCAACUGUUCGUUAUUGUUAAAGAUUUCCUUUCAAUGGUUGAUCAGGUCUGCAUCGACAUAACCAGAGAUAUGCAGAAGAGGAAAUCUCAGGUACCGACAUCACCUUCCACUGCUUAUAAAAAUUCUGCAAAGUUCCCUUUAUUGCCAGAAAACUUCAUGUCAGAUAUGUCAAAUAGGAGUUCCAGUGAUUCAGAUCAUGAUAGUAAGGUUAUGUAAUUUUCAAAUUUUAGUGGCAAGGAAAGAUAACAGUUGUACAUAGUAUACAUAGGUAAAAACUGCUAGAGAGUAUACAGAAAAGAGUUCAUUUAUAGUUCCCGUUCUUGUCAAUUUUUUUUUCCUAAUCAAUAAACAAUAAACCGUGCCAUACCUAAUUGUGGCAGUAAAGCAGUGUACACAUAUGUAUUGUACCAAUCGUGUUAGAGGGUGUUUGGAAACGUGCAUUUCAUUUCAA